AUGAGCAAUAAUUAUGGAUAUUUAAAUAAUGACGAAUCAAAUGAAAGUGAAUUUAAACGUAAUCCAGUACGACGUAGUCUUAGACUCCGUUUAACUCGGGUGUUCAGUUCAGGCAGUUUAAAAAGUCCAAAAAGCCCUGGAUAUUCUAGUUUGUCGGAUUCUCCCAACUCACCUGAAAUCAGCUCAGCAAUAAAGACUCGAUACUCAUGGCAGAAUAAUAAUUUGAAAAAUAUAUUAUCAAAUUCACCAAGAUCAUCCAUUUCCUCAACUUCUUGUAAUGAUUCCAUCAACAGUUUAACAUUUAUGGAAAGUAUUAAGCCACCUGAAAAUAAUGAUGAAAAUAAAAUGAAAUACUCACCGCAACAACAACAAAAAGAACGAAAAUCAGAAAGUGAGGUUGCAUCUAUGAUUGCGACACCUUCGAGGACAUCUCGAAGUAAAAAUUCAGCACAUGGAUGUUCAUCUAAUCGAAUAAUUAACAAUACUGUAUCUACUGGAAUAUUUGCUUGGAUGAGAGUAUUUCGAAUGGCAUCGUUACUGCAUAAAAUUGGCUGUUAA